GAAUGACGCCAGUAAGCGGCCACCCCACCCCGUGCGCUUUUCUGCAGGGAAUGUGUGAUUGUGCCUUUGCUGGGGCAGGUCUAGAGGGACCAGUGCUCACUCUGUAGCAGCUGUCAACGGUUAUUUCAUCGGGGUCGAUUCCUGCGAAGCAGUCGCUGCUUUCGGCUGACAGACUAGCUGGGUGACUGCUGUUCGGCAGCAGGUAGCUGUACACCACGGACAUUAGCGCAGUUGGAUGCGAAUCUGGAUUGGCGGAUCGCACGGGAGCCACCGCUGAUGAAAUGGUCAUGGUGAAUGAAAAAGUGGCUCACCCUCAGGAUCCGCACCAGCCUACAGAAAAGCUAGCCAUUCGCUGCUUCAAGUGUGGAGAUCCAUGUAAAGGACAAGUGCUACGUGUCCAAUCCAGUCACUUCCACCUCAAAUGCUUCACCUGUAAAGUUUGUGGCUGUGACCUGGCCAAAGGUGGAUUUUUCAUGAAGAACAACGACUACCUUUGCUCCCUGGACUAUCAGCGACUGUAUGGAACCCGUUGCCAGGGCUGUGGAGAGUUUGUGGAAGGGGAAGUUGUUACAGCACUGGGCAAGACCUAUCACCCUAAAUGCUUUGUCUGCUCCAUAUGCAAGCGUCCUUUCCCAGCUGGGGACCGUGUGACUUUCAAUGGGAAAGAUUGUCUGUGUGAGCGCUGUGCCCAGCCAAAGUCCUCCAGUCCCAAAGAGAUUGUCAGUAGCAACAACUGUGCGGGCUGUGGCAGGGAUAUUAAAAAUGGACAGGCGUUACUGGCUCUGGAGCAACAGUGGCACCUGGGGUGUUUCAAGUGCAAAUCUUGUGAGAAUGUUCUCACUGGAGAGUACAUCAGCAAAGAUGGUGCUCCUUAUUGUGAAAAGGAUUAUCAGACACUCUUUGGUGUGAAAUGUGAAGAAUGUGACAAAUUCAUCACAGGAAAGGUCUUGGAGGCAGGAGACAAACACUACCAUCCGAGCUGUGCACGAUGCAGCAGGUGCAACCAGAUGUUCACAGAAGGAGAAGAAAUGUACCUGCAAGGUUCUACAGUUUGGCAUCCCGACUGUAAAAAGUCGACCAGGAUUGAAGAAAAACAAAGGCCAACUCGAUCUUCUUCUGAAAGUAUUUCCUCCAGACCUGGCUCCAGCAUCCCCAGUUCUCCCGGCCACACAAUAUACGCAAAAGUGGACAAUGAGAUCCUUGACUAUAAGGAUCUGGCUGCAAUCCCCAAAGUUAAGGCCAUUUAUGAUAUUGAACGUCCUGACCUGAUCACAUAUGAGCCAUAUUUUGGUGCUACAAUUGAAGAUAGACAUGAGCGUCAUAGUAUGGGAGAGUCGCCAAGGACACUUUCCCCCACACCUUCAGCUGAGGGAUACCACGACGCUCGUGAUCGAAUGGUGCAUAGGUCCUCCAGCCAGGGCUCCAUCAGCUCCCCUGUCUACAGUCGUCACUGCUACACACCCACUGUUGCCCGGAGUCCACAGCACUUUCACAGGCCUGGCAAUGAGCCAUCCAGUGGUCGGAGCUCCCCUCUCCCUAUGCGGCCAGACAACAGGCCUCUAACACCAUCUUAUGUUCUGACCCCUAAACAUUUCCAUCUUCCAGACCAAGGCAUUAACAUAUACAGAAAGCCUCCUAUCUACAAGCAAUAUGAUGCAGAUGCAGCACAACUCAAGACAGGCGUGGAGAUCAUCAAGUCAUCCAAGUUCCCAGCCGCCCACGCUCCAGACCCCGAUCAGACUUCUGAGGUGGAGACUGACUACUGGCCAGGCCCUGGUACAAUAGGAACAGACAGGAGGAGAGGCAGCGAGCGAGAAGAGGAGGAUGAGGAAAAACUUAGACGCAGACAACUGCAGGAGGAGCAACUCAAUAAAAUCCAGUCAGGCCUUGGGAAACUGAUCCUGAAGGAAGAGUUGGAGAAAGAGAAGCUGGCCCGCUUAGCAUCACACACUCUCUCUGCCGAUCAUCCAUUCAGGCAUCGUUAUGAUUCAGCAGGGUGUGCAUCCCUUCAAGCCUCUGCCUCAAAAACUUCUUCCCUCCCUGGUUAUGGACGAAGUGGACUUCAUAGGCCACUGUCGACAGAUUUCACCCAGUAUGACAGCUACAGUGAUGUAAGCGAAGGUGUCAGAGAAUCCCUGCCUCCACAGGAGGGAGCUACACAAGGAACAAGAAUGGACAGGGGAGUUUCAAUGCCUAACAUGCUGGAGCCAAAGAUUUUUCCUUAUCAGGCCCUUUCUGUGACCAACAGAGGACGCAACAAACUACCAAGAGGUAUAGACAGAACAAGACUGGAGCGUUACCUGGCUCCUGAAGUUUUUCACCAGCUCUUUAAUAUGACUAUCCAGGAAUUUGACAGAUUACCACUCUGGAAGCGCAACGAGUUAAAGAAAAAAGCUCACAUCUUCUAAACUACACAAUGCAUGUUGGAAAUGGGGCAAUCUUGAGUCUAAAUAUCAGCGUAAUAUUUUGUGAGGAAGGAAUUCCAGCAUUAUCAAUACAAAGUCUUCUCACGCUACAGCCGAUAACCAGUGAGAGGACCGUGGUUAGAUCCACAUAUAAAAAUUGCUAAGAUUUCAAUCUGAGAAUUCCAUCAAUAUUUCCUUAACAAUGUGACUCAGAAGUAAUAUCUCUUGUUAAACAAUAAAUUGCUCUGAUCUUUAUAGAGUCAUACUAGAUUGAAAAUUGGAUUGAGUUGAAUGACAUUUUAUUUUCUAAAAAAAUUGGAGCACUGUUCUUUGGAAACAGGUUUUAACAUUUAGCCAUACUGCUCGAAGGAAAGUGUAGCAACUUGUGUUCUCUGCCUUGCACGGUGAAAGCAUGGGUAUGGCAGGUAGUGGGAGAGAGGGGAAUUAAUUUGAAACUGGUUUGUGCACAGGUUACGCUUUGAGCUUUAUUGAUUGAAAUCUUUUACACCGUGUGCUGUAGUUGAAAGUGUGUAUGCACAUCUGCUAUAUCUGGUAGUCAUGCCAGAAGGCAAUGUAUAAGAAAAAUGGAGAGGAAAAAAUGCUCUUUAAAGUUUCAGCUAACUUCGGACAAAACAUUUAGCUUCAUAACCAAUAUUAAUACGUUAUUUUAUUAAUUUGUAUUGAAAACAAAACAAAAGAAUGUCAGAGUUACUGCCUGAGUAUUUUGUAUCAGUAUCACAUUGUUACUUGUGUUUGUACCUGCCUUAAUGUGACAUUGUCAUUUGCACUGAAACCCUUGGUACCAGGCCGAUCCUUUUAUGCAUUGUGCAUUUGAGACAUCACAAAUAGUCAAGGAAUGCCUCUUGCAUAUCAAGUCCUCGUACUCUCAAUUAAUAGGGCAGUUCUUCUUUUCCAUAUCAUUCCCAGAUUUGUAAUGAAUGGUCUGGAAAUUGCACUGUGAUGAGAUUAAUUAAGAAUGUGUUUGUAUGCAAUUCCUCUACGCUAUUUUAAUGGAGGCAGUAGUUUGUUUGAAGUCAGCAGAUUGUCUCUUUUAUAAUAGUGCGCAAAGUAAUUGGAUUCAAUAACGCUACACUGUAUAAUUUAUAAACUAAUAUCCUCCUUAUGUUUUUUAAAAUGGGAUUUAGUCUUAAAGUUCUGCAGUGUACCUGCCAAAGAUUUGUUUUGGAGUGCUUCUGAAAGAGUGGAAAAUUUGAUCCAGUUUCCUUACAAGAACUGAUUAUUUGCUUAUGUCUAUACAAUGUUAUGGAAUCAAUUCAAAGUAGGCAUGCCACAUAAACUAAAUUUUAGAAACUGUAUUUUAAUAAAUAGUACAAUUCUGUAGGGCUAAGUGGUACAAAGUAAAGUACCUUUUCCUAUUUGUACACAUUCUUUUUUUUUCUUGUAUAAAUGUAUUUAUGCAAGAUUCUAUUUAUUAGUUAAUUUCAUUGUCUGCUUCUAUUAUGUCAAAGCAAGAAGCCCCUUAUAAAUUUGUCAACACAUCACAGAUGCUGCAUGACCCACUGAGUUACUCCAGCUUUUUGUGUCUAUCUUCAGUGUAAACCAGCAUCUGCAGUUCCUUCCUACACAUCUUAAAGCCAAGGGUGAGAUUGCCAUUUAUCAGGCAAAUGGGCGCUUAUAUUUCAAACAUUUUUUAUGGAACCUUUUCAUUAAAUAUUCAGAAAAUGAUUUUGUGGUAAAAAUACAAACUCAAGGCAAUUAAGAUUAAUGAACACAACUAACAUGUUGAUGUUUCAAACCCAAAUAUUAAAUUAUGUAUUUUUAAAGUUUUCAUUGAUGAAAUAUGAAUGUUUUGAGUGAAUUUUCCCUAUUUUCUUUUUUUUUUCUUCUGUGUUUAACCUAAACAAGUCAAGUCUUGCUGCAUUGGUUUCAGUGCUUCUGAACUGAGUGGGUUAUGAAUUUGUUCUGGCCAGUAGCAAAUCACCUGCUUUCACGCUGUAUAGAAAAGUCUUGGUUAUGAAGUCAAUGGAAAAGAGAACUGGGUCAGGUUAAAAAUGGACUGUGCCCCAUUUGUAUUUCUGCCUGAGUUGCCCAAAUUAUACCUCGGAGUUUCUAAUAGUGCACUUACAUGCAGUGUUUAGUGUGGGUGUGCUGAUGUGCUGAAGAUAUAAACUGUGUGAUAAGCAGCUAAUUUCAAUAUGAAGCAGACCCACUCCUCACUUCAGUGUACAGUUAAGCCUACAUUAGAUUAGGUUAUAUUUAUAUCAGAUUUAUAUCAAUACUAAUUGUAUAAAAAUCAGACAAAUAACAUGAAGCUGUUGCAAUUGCCAUGCAAAACAAAUAUCUACUUUGACUUUUAUGUUAUGAUUUAACGAUAAUUCCAUAGCUCCAGGUCCCACAUCGUGACAUUGUUUUGGGUGCAAUAGAAUAAGCCCUAUUCACAAACUGUGCUAUUUAUAAUGAUUGCUAAAAUUUCUGCUGAUUAAACAACCAAAUAGAAAUUGCUUUAUAAUAGCAGUAGAUCAAAGAAAAAAAAGUUUAACGUCCAAAACUAAAAAUAAAAUGUCAAAUGUUGGAAAUUCAUAGUCGGUCAGGUUAACCCAUACCUGAUGCAGACUAUUUCGGUUCUGAUGAUGAGCCUUGCCUAAACAAUCAGUUGCUAAAUGAUCUGGUUAUUUGCCAAUGCAUUUCGACUUUCAAGGGCUGACUUUACUCUUUCCAUUCCACAUGUUCCCCCAAAGUGUGCUCUACCUGACAUGACUUGAAUCUUUCGUAUUUAGAACCAUCAUUUGUCUCUCACACGCAUAAAGACACAUUAUUAAACUUCAACCACAAUAUUAAGGAAUGUGGUAACAGUUAUCUACCAAGGUGACUGAGACCUGAGAGUUUCCCUCGCAUAGAAUCGUUGUACAUAAGCACUUCACCUCCCUUCGAUCGACUAGGGUAAUAAAUCUCUGUGGAUUUAUUACCAAAGAGAUUUCUAUUUCUCCUUUAGAUUUGCUCCUGGAAACUGAAGUGUUCCUUUGUCACAAAGCAAAGGUAAAAAAGGUUUCAUAAACCCUUCUAGGAUUACCUUUUUUUUGCCCAGCAAACCACAGUGAAUAUAUGCAUGAUGUCUGGUGUGAUCCUUUUAAUGAGUUUGCUUGUUCUUUGGCAAAGGAUUUAAUUUUUAAAGCAGAAGUCUGUCUAUUCAGUCCUCUCUCUAAUUUGAUAGAAUUUGAUAUACUGGAUGAAAUUUUUGCAAAAGACUCAUCUGGAUUGUUUCUACAAUUACCAGUUCAUUUCUGUUCUGUAUACUUUGUGCUUUGCACCUGCACAGCUAGCAUUUUAAUUAUGUAAAAUAUUUAAUUUCUCAAAUGAUAUUCAGAAAUUCCAUAGCAAAGAAGUAUUAUGUUAUUGUAACGGCUAAGGAAAUGUGGCUAGCUUUACAUUACAUUUAAUCUUGCUUUCAGUCCAUCAAUGAUUGCCAUUAAUAAAGCAAUGUUAUUAGUGUUUUA